GGUGGAAGGAGGCGCUGAUUGUCCCUUUAAGGAAGCCGGGGAAAGAUGGCCAGCAAAUUGGCCUUUCUUUUGCUCUUGUCACUUUGAGUGCAAGUAGAACUACAAUGCGGAACUUUUAUGUGAUGGCUGUGGUCUGUGACGACAAUACGAUGCAUUUCAGUGGCUGCUGUUGUGGUCUAAUUGUGAGGUUGCAUUGCAAAGCUGCGACAUCGUGAAAAUGCAUAUACAGUCCUCAAAGCAGAGCCCCAUCCUCAUAAACAAUGAUUAGCUGUCUGGGAUGGGCUUAUUCUAUUUUGCUAAACAAGGAAAUUUCUUCACCAUAAAUAAUAAAUGCUAAUAAAACAAGACACCCUAGCGAGCGGCAAGCCCGGAACAAUCUUUCCUAUAGAUCGCUUAACAUAACACAAAUAAUUAUUCUGGUGUCAUAAUACUUGGACAAUAAUAUUUAAGGCUCCACACGAAAGGACCCUUCUCAUUUAGAACGAAUCACCGAAGUGUAUCCUUCCGCCGCGCGGCAGCCGGAACCUCAUCACUGAUGCCGACGCGCGCGUAAGUACCUUAAUUGGCCGGCGCGCGGCCAGGUGUGCGAUUAACGAAGCGGCCCCGCAGAGAGCAGCUCGCGACGCUGCGGUGAACCUUGAACCUUCGACGAAGACCCGGACAGCAAGAUGCCGACCAAGCGGACGAGGAACGCGGGAAAAGCCAAUCUCAAGGAGCUGCUGGGCCGGGAGAUGCGACACAGCCGGCUGGCGCUCUUCAUUCAGCAGUUCGAAAAAGAAGCACAGGAGCGAAUGAACGAGCUGGACGGCCGAAUGGAGAACAUGUUGGCCACCGUGGACAAGGUCUUCAAGGUGGAAUUGAUGAAGAUGCCUCCUUCCCUUCAAAAAACGCACAUAGCGGAUCUGAUAAGCGAGGAGGAAAUCUCCGCAAGUGAGGUGUCGAUUGCCUUGAAGAACGAGUCCCUCGAGAUGCAGCAGCCCCUCAGGAGGACGCACAGUAGAAUAAAAUCGACCGAUUCAUCCCCGGGUCAGUCCAGCCCAGUCCAGAGGUCCUCAUCCAAGGCCUCUAAGGGAGGAAAGGGGACAAAAAGGACUAGGACAUUGGUCAACAGUAACAGCACUGGAAGUCUUAGAAACGCCUCGGCAACGACCAAAAGAACUCAAAGCUGCCUGACCAAGACCAAUGACCAGACCACGAAGGCCAAGUCCAAACUGAGGUCUGUCGUCUCUGCUGGUGAUCUGCACUGUCCCUUGGCAGGCUCUGCUGCACACAUCUCUGUUACCACAGCACAAGGACAGACUGUGUGCUUCUCUGAAGAAACAAAGGACGAAAUCGACUUGGACGUGCUGGAUGACGUGGCAUGGUGCCAGAUUCAGAAGCUCACAAGUUUGAUGGACUAUCUGUCUAGGCGAAGAUGACUAAGGAUCCACUGUGGACAUGCUUUGCUCCAAUUUCAAUGAAUUUAAAGCAUUUGUUUUUAUAUUUUUUAAUCCUAUAAUAAAGCUUAUUUGACUAAUGUGUAUAAAGUCUGUAAAAUAAAGCGCUUUUCACAA